CUCUUGCUGAGUGAAUUUCGUGUGGCUUCAAUCAACAGAAAAAUCAUCUGAAAUGUCUGGACGCGGAAAGGGAGGAAAAGUGAAGGGAAAGGCGAAGACUCGCUCCAAUCGUGCUGGGCUCCAAUUCCCCGUGGGACGUAUCCAUCGUCUCCUGCGCAAGGGAAAUUACGCUGAGAGAGUCGGUGCUGGAGCUCCGGUUUACCUGGCUGCCGUCAUGGAGUAUCUGGCUGCUGAAGUUCUUGAGUUGGCCGGCAAUGCUGCCCGUGACAACAAGAAGACCAGGAUCAUUCCGCGUCAUCUUCAGUUGGCCAUCCGCAAUGACGAGGAAUUGAACAAAUUGCUGUCCGGAGUCACAAUUGCCCAAGGCGGUGUUCUGCCCAACAUCCAGGCAGUUCUCCUGCCCAAGAAGACCGAGAAGAAGACAUAAAUCCUGCAAUUCGGCUGCUCUCAUCAUCUUCCACAAAAAAAAACGCCCUUUUUAGGGCGACUAAAUCCAUUCAUAAAGAGUUAAUAAAAAUCUUAAAAUUGUUUUCAUUUAUUACAAAGAAUUUUCUAAUGA